CACUGUUCUAAAUCAAUUAAUAUACGUCGUGUUAAUUUUGUGCGUCAUAGAAAUUAAUGACGCCAUAAAGCAAACACUCAUAUCGAAAAUAAUUUUCUGUGCCUUGCCACGUGAAAAAAUCGUGUCUAGUUGGACAGUGAAAUUUCGUUAUAAUGGACAAAUUCGUAACGUUUAUGGGAUAUAUACAGAGUUUUGUGGUGACUUCCAGAAUAAACGAGAGCAGGGAACGUGCUAGCGCUUCUUCUGGGAAGAGAAACCACGCUAAAAGCAAAGCCAAUCUCCCGCAGGAGAAAUCUCACCCAAGAGCAGACCUGAACAUCACGAAAGGCUCUAGUGGCGGCAGAUUGAACUCCAGGGCUGGGGGCUCUACAGGUGCGAAGAUGGAAGAGGCAGAUGGGUCAUCUGCGACAGACAGAGUAUUCUUGCGCGGUGAAGUUGAGGAGGCGAGAAAUCCGAGACCAAAGUGCAAGAUGUUCGUCGACAACGAACAACCGAAUAAAUUCGUCAAUGACAAGAUUGACAGUUGUAGGAGUCAAGCUGUAUUGCCAACAGUCGAUACAGUUUCCAACUCGUGUUCUAAUGCAGCAAGACAUUUUGAUAACAUUGGCGUCAUGGCUGCACAACGUCAAGUAUCAGCGGCAAGUCCUGAGAAGCUAAGCCAGUCAGUGAAGAAGCAAACUACUUUGCCCAGCUAUUCAGCUGCUUGGGGCUUGCCGCAUGAUCAAAUGACGCAGCAAAAGACGAGAGAAGAUAAUAAGGGGAACAAGGAUUUGCAGCGGAGGAAUGGUCUACCGGAUAUUUCUUCCACUGAAGGGAAGCCGCUUGUUCAACUUAAGCAACCUUCCAUUGCCAGUGUUCCCAUUCGGAGCAAAGCCACGCCUGUUCUCGUGGCCGACACCCUCAGCUUUGAUCACGAGGGAGACGAUUGGAUUUCUCCGCAAAAGGACCAAAAAUCUCGUCUUAAACUGCCAAAGUUAAAGAAAAAGAAGAAAGAAAAGAAAAGGAAAGACUUUGGCAGCUCCCAUUCCAGUGGUCAGGCUGAAAAAGGUGGAAUGGCUGGCGAGAAAGAAUCCAAGAAUCCAGUUGAAAAGGGAGGGAAGCUCUGUGCCGUGGAAUCUAAAUGCGAAGUUGCCGAAGCUGAAAAGUUAUCUGAGGAAAAGAGUGUCGAAGGUGGAGGGGAAAGGCAAGUGGUCAAUGGUAGAGAGCAAAGACAACGGCCACGCACGGCGCUUGGAAGAUGGUUGAAGAAGAGAAGUAAUUCUGUUGCACCAGCGCCAUUUGAUGAUGUGAUCAGUGACGGCCGCCAUAAUGGCUCCAAGAAGGUAACUCAAUGAGUUAGUGAAUGAGUGGGUUAGGCGUUUCUGGGACUAUUGGCCGGGAGAGUAAGACAUCUUCAAUUCAGAAAAACGUAUUUUUCUCACGUUAUAUAUAGAGACACGUUUACUCCUUUUACAAUGAAAAAUGACCAAAGCCCUUCUCAAGAUAGGUAGAUUGCCCUGCGUAUUACAUGACUCAGCCACUAAGAAGGUCAAGAAGUGUAGUAAUCAAAAUGUGAUUGAACAAGACUGUGUGUUUUACCAUGUUGCAUUCGUUUAACUGCACCCACGCUGUUCAAUUUGACGUCUCGUACAUACGUGUACGUGUUUAUUCCCUGUUUGGAUCGCG